AUGUUGGAAAAUGGAGAUGUGAAGAGACGGCGGGUGGAUCAUUCUCACUCCACAGAGGAGACACCCGUGCGAAUGAUUUCCAUCCACACACAACCAAAAGAAGAAGAAGAAGAAGAAAACGAAAAAAAGGAAAAAAAGGAAGAAGAAGAAGAUCAAUCAAAACAACAUGAACAACAUCCAUUAACUUCUGAUAAUGGCAUUUCCCCAGAAGUAGACGACAAUGAAGAAGAAGAGGAGGAAGAGGAGGAAGAAGAUCUCAACAUGGAGGAACACGCCCUCUUCUCCAGUCCUCUCGGAUUAACACCCCACCCAAACCAUAUAAACAAUAUAAACCAUAUAAACAAUAUAAACAAUAUAAACAAUAUAAAUAAGAAAUCCUCCUCAUCCUCAUCAUCAUUGCCGAAUGGACAAACAUCAAACAGACGGGAAUCAUCGCUGGAGCGCCGCAGUCGCCGACCGCCGGAUGUACGCGGCGCCGUCACAACACUUCGCUCUCUCGCCCAACUCGAGACUUUUCUCCACACGCCGUCCUCACCACACGAUGGAAAUAAUAGUGCGAUGUCUGUGAACUGCACAUCCCUUGCCAGUCUGCAGCCGCUGCGUAGAGGCGAGACUGUUAUUGUGAUUCUCCACAAUGGACGCAGUCAUGUGCGGGAGUUGCUGCAGCACACAACAGAGAAACUUUCACAAUGCCGUAUUUUCCGUUUGGAUCUCAGUGCCCUCCCGCCGUGUGAGUAUGAGACCCGGGAUGAUUCCUCUGCAUCAUCCACACACCACCACAGACAUGAGAAAACGGAAAUAACACCAGAAAAGAAAGAAUGUGUUCAUAAAGACUCCGCUCAAUUACCACUUCCAGUGGAAGAGAUGGAGUUGCAGGAAACAGAUUACGCCCCAUCCUUUUCUUCUCAAAUCUCACUCGGCACGGAACGUGUUAUGCAGCGGGUGUGUGGACUUCUCCGCGUAGAUGAGAUAUUAAACCCAGACACACAUCACAGUAAUGGAUCUCAACAACAACAACAACAACAGGACUCUAUACAUUCCACACCACCACAACAGCAACAACAACACCGCAGCGGCAAACGUGAAGAGUUGAUGUUGCCUGCAAUGGUGGUAUGGCGUGCGGAGGGCGGCUCACCAGACGAAUAUGUGCAUCUCAAUAAUGAUCCAAACACCAACAGUGAUCAUCUGGAUAAUAAUAAUAAUAAUAAUAAUAAUAAUAAUAAUAAUAAUAAUGGAAAGAGUCCGGAGUGUAAGCCGGCGAUGAUUCCCACUCCUCCACCUGGAAGACCAUUGGUGGUGAAACAACUCACAUCCGUAGAUCAACUCCAUUCUCUUUCUCUGUUCACACCCGUUUACACCGUAACACAUCUUCUUCGUACUAUUGCGAAAACAGCACUUUUAUCAACAACAGCAGCGGAAGUUUCAAAUUCCCGUACAUUUAUUUACUUUGGGGCCUCCUGGUGUCCGCCGUGUAUGCGUAUUGUAAAUGCCCUGCCGGCGAUGAUACAAGAAGAUCUUCCACGCAAUAUCACCUGCACGGUAAAGGCAGAUAUGGAUCUCGCCACGCCUCUCUUUGAGUUCUUUGGUGUGGAGAUUAUUCCCUCAUUUGUGAUUCUCGAUAAUGAUAUUCUCCGCAGUGCUGGUGAUUGGAAUGCGAUCUGUCAUCCUUCUCAUCAUUCCUCUUCGCUGCCGGAAGAAGUGUUGGCACCACUGCGGGAUGCCCUGCGACGGGCGGAGGUUGGACGCAUUCAAAACUCCCAACGAGUGCUCGUACGGGCAUUUAUAGAAAAACACGCGAGUGAACUGAAGUUUGAUGAUGACUUUUGA